GUUUGUUAAAGCUACUUUUUUUUUUCAACACUGCAUUUCACUUUCCAUUUCUCUCUUCUUCUUCCUCUGUCUCAGCCGCUUUCUCCGCCAAUCACUGCUCUCUAUUCUGUCUCCCUCCAAAAAUAGCUGCUUUUAUCUUCUCUCCUAUGCCUGCAUAAACGCUAAAGCCCAGCUUCUUGUUUUCCCUCAUUUUUUAUUUUUCUUUUCUGCACUCUGCGCAUCUCUCUGCACUGCUUCGCAGAGAAUUCAAAAGAAAUUUUCUCUUAUUUUUUCUCAGCUUAGACGAAUAUUAUAUAAAAUGAAGAAACGCCAUCUAGAUCCUACAUUUGUUUUUCUUUUCUUCCUCUGUCUUCUCUCUGCUGCACAAGCUCAGAGCGAGGACACCGCAGUGAUGGUUAAACUCAGAGAUAGCCUUGGUGACUCGAAAAGUUUAGGGUGGUCUGGUUUUGACCCAUGUAACUGGAAACAAGUCUCAUGCGAUGGUAGCAAGCGGGUGACCGGCAUCCAAAUCGGCAACCAGAACCUUGACGGCACUCUUCCUCCAGAACUAAAAAAUCUGACGGCUUUGGUGAAGCUUGAGGUAAUGGGCAACAAGUUAAAGGGUCCAGUACCGAGUCUUUCUGGGUUAAGCUCGCUUCAAGAAGUCCUUUUACAUAAUAAUGGUUUCACUUCAUUUCCUUCCGAUUUCUUUGACGGGAUGACGUCGUUAAUGUCUGUGAGUCUGGAUUAUAAUCCAUUUCAACCCUGGGAGAUACCUUCCAGUCUUAGAAGUGCCACUGCCUUGAAGGAUUUCUCUGCUAAUGGGGCUAAUAUAACUGGCACAAUCCCUGAUUUUUUCAACAAUGAUGUGUUUCCUGGACUGGAAAGUCUGCAUUUGGCAAUGAAUUUUUUGGAGGGUGCACUGCCAGCGAAUUUUUCACAGGCAUCUUUUAUUACUUCCCUUUGGCUUAAUGGCCAAAAGAGUAAUUCCCAACUAAAUGGUACAAUUACUGUCUUACAAAACAUGACUAGUUUGACGGAGAUUUGGUUACAUAGUAAUCAGUUCACCGGUCCAUUACCGGAAUUUACUGGGUUUAAUGGGUUAGAGAAAGUGAGUUUAAGGGAUAAUCAGCUUACUGGUAUUGUUCCGGCAUCACUUGUGAACCUUCCCACACUUUCUGUUGUCAAUUUGACUAAUAAUCUGCUUCAGGGGCCAACACCAAAAUUUCCUAGUCAAGUUAUUGGGGAUAUGAAUGGCGGUUCUAAUAGAUUUUGCCUACCUACUCCUGCUGCCUGUGACCAUCGUGUUGAUGUUCUGUUAUCAAUUGUGAGAGACUUUGGAUACCCUGCUAGUUUAGCUGAGAGUUGGGAAAGUAAUGACCCUUGUGCACAGUGGAAAGGCAUUUCAUGUUCACCUGAAGGGAACAUUACUGUUAUCAACUUCCACAAUAUGGAGCUUACUGGUACAAUUUCUUCAAGUUUUUCAUUGAUUCCUUCAUUGCAAAAGUUAAUUUUGUCAGAUAAUUUGCUUACUGGUACUAUACCAACUGAGCUUGCAACUCUGCCUAGUCUUACUUUAUUAAACGUUGCAAACAAUAGGCUAUAUGGUAAGGUGCCUAGUUUCAGUCAAACAGAAGUGAUAACUUCUGGAAACCCUGAUAUUGGAAAGGAUCAUAGUAGCUUCCCCCCAACUAGUACACCUCCUGGGACACCCAACACACCUGGCAAAGAUGGAGGAGGUGGUUCUGAUGGAAGUGGUGGUAAGAAUUCUAGUAAGGGAAAGAUUUUGGGUUCUGUAAUUGGUGUUGUUUGUGGAUUAUGUGUCAUUGGACUGGGUGUGCUUUUCUUUAGAAGGAAACGGAAACAAUACAGUAGGGUACAGAGUCCAAAUAUGAUGGUUAUUCAUCCUGGCCAUUCUGGAGAUCAGGAUGCUGUGAAAAUUACCAUUGCCGAAUCAAGCACCAAUGGUACUGUUGAGAGCUAUACUGAUAGUGGUGGACUCAGUGACAUUCAUGUAGUUGAUACUGGGAAUAUGGUGAUUUCUAUUCAAGUUUUGAGAAAUGUGACUAACAAUUUCAGCGAAGAGAACAUACUAGGAAGAGGAGGAUUUGGGACUGUUUACAAGGGAGAACUGCAUGAUGGGACAAAAAUCGCAGUAAAGAGAAUGGAAUCUGGAGUGAUGAGUGAAAAGGGUCUGGCAGAGUUCAAGUCUGAGAUUGCGGUGCUCACUAAGGUCCGGCAUCGGCACUUAGUUGCACUACUUGGAUAUUGCUUGGAUGGAAAUGAGAGACUUCUUGUUUAUGAAUAUAUGCCUCAGGGGACUCUUAGUAGAUAUCUCUUUAAUUGGAAGGUAGAGGGUUUGAAACCACUUGAAUGGACUAGAAGAUUGACCGUAGCCUUGGAUGUUGCCAGGGGUGUUGAAUAUCUGCAUGGACUAGCACAUCAAAGCUUUAUUCACAGGGAUCUGAAGCCUUCCAACAUUCUUCUUGGAGAUGAUAUGCGGGCCAAGGUUGCAGAUUUUGGACUCGUUCGUCUUGCUCCAGAUGGGAAAGCCUCAAUUGAAACAAGACUAGCUGGAACUUUUGGGUAUCUUGCACCAGAAUAUGCUGCGACUGGACGAGUGACUACCAAGGUUGAUGUGUUUAGCUAUGGUGUGAUACUAAUGGAGAUGAUCACCGGAAGAAAAGCUCUUGAUGAUACCCAGCCCGAGGAUCGCUUGCACCUUGUUACUUGGUUCCGUAGGAUGCACACCAACAAGGACACAUUCCGCAAGAGUAUUGACCCAACUAUUGAGCUUGACGAGGAGACCCUUGCCAGCAUUAGCACAGUUGCUGAGCUAGCUGGCCACUGUACUGCAAGAGAACCCUACCAGAGGCCUGACAUGGGUCAUGUGGUUAAUGUUCUUUCAUCUCUUGUUGAGCUGUGGAAACCAGCAGAACCAGAUUCUGAUUACUUGUAUGGGAUUGACCUUGAAAUGACCUUGCCUCAGGCACUCAAGAAGUGGCAAGCACUUGAGGGAAGCAAUUUGGAUUCCUCUUCUUCACUUGCUACUAGUGGGGAUAAUACACAAACCAGUAUACCCACUCGACCAUAUGGCUUUGCGGAAUCAUUUACGUCAUCAGAUGGACGGUAAAUGAAGAAAAGAAAAAGUUUGAGAUAUGAUGAGAUGCCUUUAAUUAUGUUUCGUUUAUUCUUCUGCUUGUUCUUGUAAGGUUUGCCCUCUCUAUAUGAAUAUUUUGUUUGCUCAUGCUCUCUUCCCCUCCCCCCUCUAUCUUUCCCUCUCUCUCCCCAAGUAGGUUGAAAAAAUUUUACAUUUUUCUGUGCUCCUUUAGAGGCUAGGAAUUGCAAACAGAGAGAUAGUCCUCAAGAAUGGGAUUACCUUUAUUUGUCA